UAUUAAAUUUAUGUACUUUACCAAAGUGUUAAUAAAUAUCAUUAAUCUAACCCCGUUAAUAAGAAUAAAAAAUUAAUUAUAAUUUAACGAAGUGAAAUAAUCUAUAAUUUUUUUCAAAUCAAUCGUCAUUAAUCGUAACAAGUUAUACAAUUUUUGUAAUUCGAAUCCUAUUUGACGGAGUAUUUUCAGUUUGUUUAAAAGUUCUUGAAAAUAACAUUAGUAUUCAAAUAAAUUUUGAUAGUGACAGAGAAUAUUUUCAAAAUAUAGCGAGACUUUAUUCUUCCAUACUUUACCAUCCAUUUGAAAUCUGAAAUAAAAUUACUAAACAUAAAACAAGACAAAACAUUAACGCUUAAUUCCGUGGAUUGCUCUUUAGUUUACAGUAUGUUUUGGAUACCUGAAAUUGUCAUAAAUUCAAAUGCUUGAAUAUAAACGUUCUUAAAAUCAUUUUAUCUGAAUAUAUAUUUUCAUUGUAUAUCUACACAUGAUUUGUCUAAAUACAUUUCAUCUGAUAAAUAUAAAACAAUAUAGGAGAUUUUAUACUUAUUCAAUAAUUUCAAGACUUUUGCCGUUAAAUGUGACAGGUCAGUCUGCAAGAAUGGCGACCAUGGUAGAAGAACAGAAUUCGGUUGACAUGGGCGAAGAUAAAGAAUCACAAUUCGACCAAGUUACUUACAAUUGGGUGGAUAUUACCCAAGAAUUUUUCGAUGCCAUUACAGAGUUGGAAUUGGGUGAACUAUUGCGUGAUGAGUUAUUUGGAUUAUUUGAGGCCAUGUCUGCAAUUGAAAUGAUGGAUCCAAAAAUGGAUGUUGGCAUGCUAUGUAAUAGAGGCAACAACAAACCAUGCACUUUUACACAGGCUGUUGACUCUGGUGCAUUGAAAUUGGACAAUUUGACACCAUCAGAAGUUAUAGGAAUAAUAGAUUCAACAUAUGCGUGCAUAGUGUCUUGGCUUGAAGGCCAUAGUUUAGCGCAAACAGUUUUCACUAAUUUAUAUCUUCACCAACCGAGUCAAAUAGUGGAUAAACCUUUGAGAACCUUUUGUUAUGCUGUAUAUAAAAUAAUUGAAAUAAUUAAAGAUUGCAUCAAUAAAGCAUUAGUUUUUGAGGAAGAAGAUUUCCAGAGUGUUACUUAUGGUUAUAGAUUGCAACAGGAUAUUACAGAACAAAAAAUCAUAUCCAUGCUGAGAGAAGUAGAAGAUGAACUACCUGGGAAAAGAAUAAAACCAAUUCAUAUAGUAUCAGAGAAAGAAUAUGGUGAUAGAUUAGCACUCUAUGCCAGAAUUAGAUUUACAAAAAUAUUUUAUCAAAUUUUAUCAUUAAUGGGAAAGAAAGAACAGUUGCAACAAAAUUUAAACGAUUGUCAUACAUUGUUAUCAAGAUGUUCUUAUAUGAUUCAAAUGAUGAUUAAAACAGUAAACAGUGGAGAAAAAGCUGAUGAAAUAUCAAAUUAUCCAAAUAUUAUGGGGUUUGACCCUAUGGUGAAUCAAAGAUUAUUACCACCAACAUUUCCACGGUAUACAAAAAUAAAGCCAAGACUAGAGGCUUUAAAAUAUUUGGAUGAGCUAUUAAACAGAUUUCGAACAGUUACUACGAUUACUAAUCAGAAUGGUUUUCAUGCAGCUUUGGACUUUUUUUUAGAAUUUUCACGACGAAGUCCAUGUAUAUUAUCCAGAUCAAUGUUGCAAAUAGUUUAUUUACCUACAACAAAUCGAGUAUUCGGUGUGCAAAAUUUUGCCGAUGUUUUGAAAGAUGCAGCGCGGAAUUUCAUAGCACCUCCGGUACUAAUGCCAAAGAGCACGUUACUUCAAAAUCAUCAAGCUAAAGAAUAUGUUGAUAGUUUUUUAUCUCAUUGUGUGGGCCUCUUUGGUAGUUUGUUGCAACUUACUGGCCAUAAUAGAGCAAGACAGAGAGACAAAUUAGCACAUUUAUUGGAUGAUUUUGCAAUAUUACAGGAUGAAGCUGAAAGAGUUGAUGGAUUUUUACAUGCCUUGUCAAUGAAAAGUGAUACACCAAGGUCACAUUUAGCUUGUUUCGGAACAUGGAUCUUGUAUCAUACACUACGAGUUAUGGUCAUGUAUUUAUUAAGUGGCUUUGAAUUGGAAUUAUAUUCGGUGCAUGAAUAUCACUAUAUAUUUUGGUACCUAUAUGAAUUUCUUUAUGGAUGGCUAGUAUCGGCUAUUACAAGAGCCAAUACGUUCUUGAUGGAACAUGAUGUACAUAAUGAUACACAUAAAGGUAGAGGUGGUAAGAAAAGUGCGAAAAACAAGAAGAAAAAAUCAACAUCAAGACCGUAUAAUUUAGAAAUAUUAAUGUAUCAAGCGAUGCAAAAUAUAUGUGGAGGAUAUUACAAAGCUUUAGUUGGUUUCCGUAUGGAUGGUAAAAUACCACUUCCUGAGUCGCCAUUUGAUUCAGAACGAGUACGAUAUGAGCACAGGUUAUUACCAUUUUCUUCGUUGCUCACUCCACCUCCGGUACAUUAUCAAGAAUUCUUAGAUAUGACGAAUGCACAGAUGCAUAAAAGAAACGUUACUAGUGAAAUGCUGUACUUAGCCGGUUGUCGUCAUUUUCAUCAAGCUAGAAAUAUGUUAGAACGAGCUUUGUCUUUUUAUCCACAAAAUUCUAGUACUCUAAAUGAGAUCAAUGAUUUAUUAAAAGUGGCGAAAACGAAUUUCGUGGUUCUAAAGUUACUCGCUGAUGGGCAUAAAAAGGAUUCCAAAGAACCUCCAGUAUUUGACUUCUCGUAUCAUCAACAUUUCCCAUUGAUAAAAUUGAUCUAAAUCAUUUGCAACGGUCAUCAUUUCAUGCUAUAAAUGACAUAUUAUUUAUUCUAGCUCUAAUCGUGCAGAAAAUAUUUUUGUGUUGUUGAUUUUGGAUGCCUUUUUUUGUCUAAUACAAUGUUUAAAGCUCC